UUGAGAGGAAACAGAAGGGUAAAAGCGCCACUUCAUUUUGCACAGUGAUGAACAGUUAACCGGGUAUGUCCAUUUUCUAAGACCCCCCUCUCAGAAGUCAGUCAGAACCCCUUGUCUGCAAAUCUCCCAAAUCCAUGGCUCUCUCCAAACCCUCCUUCCUCACCCACCUCAAAACCCUAGCCAAACCCCCCCACCUCCGCCGCCACACACCCCCCUCAUUCCUCUCUCUGCGCUCCCUCUCCUUCGCCACCCCCGAAGACGCCGCCGCCGACCGCCGCCGCCGCAAGCGCCGCCUCCGCAUCGAGCCCCCAAUCUCCCCCCUCCACCGCUCCCAACAACAACAACAACCCCCAAAACCCCAAAACCCUAACUCCCCCAAGCUCCCCGAACCCGUCUCCGCUCUCUCCGGCAACCGCCUCAACCUCCACAACAAAAUCCUCACCCUCAUCCGCCGCAACGACCUCGAAGAAGCCGCCCUCUACACCCGCCACUCCAUCUACUCCAACUGCCGCCCCACCAUCUACACCGUCAACUCCGUCCUCGCCGCCCAGCUCCGCCAGUCUAAGUACUCCGACCUCCUCUCCCUCCACCGCUUCAUCACCCAGGCCGGCGUCGCCCCCAACAUCGUCACCCACAACCUCAUCUUCCAGACCUAUCUCGACUGCCGGAAACCCGAUACUGCUAUGGAGCAUUACAAGCAGCUCAUCAACGACGCGCCGUUUAAUCCUUCUCCGACGACCUACCGGAUUCUGAUCAAAGGGUUGGUGGACAAUGCCAAGCUGGAGAGGGCCAUGGAGCUCAAGGAGGAGAUGGUUGAUGUCAAGGGUUUCGAGCCGGACCCGGUUGUGUAUCACUAUCUGAUGGUGGGGUGUGUGAGGAAUUCGGAUUCGGAUGGGGUGUUUCGGCUUUACGAGGAGUUGAAGGAGAAGCUGGGAGGGGAGGUGGAGGAUGGGGUUGUGAUUGUGAUUGGGAGUUUGAUGAAGGGGUAUUUCAUCAAGGAAAUGGAGAAGGAGGCAAUGGAGUGUUAUGAACAGGCUUCGAAGGUGAAGAUGAAUGCGGUGGCGUAUAACUCGGUGUUGGAGGCUUUGUGUGGGUAUGGGAAGUUUGAUGAGGCGUUGAAGUUGUUUGAUAGGAUGAGGGAGGAGCAUUCCCCGCCGAGGAGGUUUACGGUGAAUUUGGGGAGCUUUAAUGUGAUGGCGGACGGGUAUUGUGCGCAGGGGAGGUUUAAGGAGGCGGUUGAGGUUUUUAGGAAGAUGGGGGAGUAUAGAUGUGACCCGGAUACGUUGUCGUUUAAUAAUUUGAUUCAGCAUUUGUGUAGCAAUGGGAUGCUGAGUGAGGCUGAGGAGGUUUAUGGGGAGAUGGGGGACAAGGGGGUGAACCCGGAUGAGUAUACUUACUCUUUGUUGAUGGAUACUUGUUUUGAGGAGAAUAGGCCUGAUGAUGCGGCUGAGUAUUUUAGGAAAAUGGUGGAUGAGAAGUUGAGGCCGAAUUUGGCUGUUUAUAGUAGGUUGGCUGAUGGGUUGGUUAAGGUGGGGAAGGUUGAUGAGGCGAAAUCGUUUUUUGAUCUUAUGGGGAAGAAGCUGAAGAUGGAUGUUGCGAGCUAUCAGUUUAUAAUGAAGGCAUUGAGUGAUGCAGGGAAAUUUGAUGAGGUGCUUAAUGUUGUGGAUACAUUGUUGGAGGACGAAUGGAUUGAAUUGAAUGAGGAGUUGCAGGAGUUCAUCAAAGGGGAGCUGAGAAAGGAUGGGAGAGAGGAUGAAUUGGGAAAGCUGAUAGAGGAGAAGGAAAGGCUGAAGGCUGAGGCUAAGGCGAAGGAGAUUGAGGAAGCAGAAGCAGCAAAGAGAAGUAGAAGUGCUGCUGUCUCCUCGUUACUUCCGUCUAGUUUGUUUGGGAAGAAAGAGACAGGGUCUACAGAGGCCACUGAAAAAGUAGGUGAAGCUGCCUCAGCUUCUGUGGAGGCUGCUCCAGCUGCUGACACGAACUCGGCAGAGCAAGCAGUCAAAGGUGAAAGUUCAGAUGAAGAAUCCAAAAGCGAGGGUGCAAACGAGCCGGUAGUGGCUUGAGGGCAACAUAUCUGGUGAAAACAAGGCAGGGGAAUGGUCGUAUUUUAUGUUAUCUGCUUCCCUAGCUAGUCGAAUUUGUAAUCAGAUUUUAGAACUUAUUGGAUUACUUUUCUCUACAAUCAGUGUGUUUAUGGCCUGAACUCGGCAAAUCAUUCACUUCUGAUGUUUCAGUCCUCCUUGUUUAAAUUUUGAAUCUCUGUACAUGAAAUGAGGUGGUCUAUGAAUGGGAUGGCAAAGUUCAGGCAUAUGCAUUAAAUGGAAGAGGAUUAGUUGGGGGAAGUUUCCAACUUGAUUACCCUAGCGAUGGGGCAACAGAAACCCUUCUAAUGGCUGCAUGUAUGGCUGAUGGAACAACUAUACUGUCCAAUGUUGCCAGAGAACCAGAGGUGGUUGAUCUGGCUUGAUUUCUGACUAAAAGUGGGGCCUGUGUGGAAGGAGCAGGAAGCAACAAGCUUGUCAUCAAGGGAAAAUCUCAUUUGCAUGGUUGUAAAUGUACUAUUGCACCUGAUUGUAUUGAAGCAGGCACAUUUAUGCUUGCUGCAGCUAUUACUCGCUCAUUCAUUUCAAUUUCACCUGUCAUUCCUUCCCAAGUUUCCUGUCUGAUGCAAAAACUCUUGGCCGCUGGUUGCAAAAUAAGGCAAUGCUCUCAUGAUACCUUGGAAGUUUCAGCAGUGUCUCGAUGUGGUGAGAAUUUGCGAGGUUUGAGGUUAAGACAGGGCCAUUUCCCGGGUUUCCUACAGAUCUCCAACCGCAAACAAUGGCACUGCUAGCCACUUGGUUUAAGUCCUGUAGAAGUCUGUAUUUGAAAAGCGCAUGGCUCAUGGCAUUCCUUCUUUGCUUUUCUGUCUGGAAAGAUGAUAAUAUUUGUUACAAAUGAUACUACUUGCAUUGACCUAUUGGCAUACAUGUUCCCUGCUUUAUACUAGUAAACGAACUGCAGAAGCUUGGAGCAAAAAUUCAAGUCUGUGCAAGCUCUGAUAAUAGAAAUGGUUUGUCUGGUUCCUGCCUUGCUGCAACUGACCUCAGAGGUGGGAUAUCAUUGGCAUUGGCUGCAGAAGGUGCUACUGAGAUCAGCGGUGUUGCUCAUAUUGACCGUGGUUAUGAGAAUGUAGAUACAAAAGUUCAUAUGCUGGGAGCCGAUAUCAAAAGAUUAACGGCCCCUGCUUCUACCUAGUGGAACAAGUACAUAAUUCCUCCCAUUAUAAUUUGUUAUCUUUCUGGACUAUUGGACCAUUGUGACUGACAAGAGGAUUUUGACAAAACUACUCUUUCGCUUGCUAAAUAUCGUGUUUCAAAGCCAAGCUAAGAAUGGGUUGUGAGACAGGUGACAGGGCUAUACAUACACAUCAGAGUGAAGAAGAAUCUAAGAUGGUUAUAGUAGUAGUGUCACAGGUUAAAGGUCCUCAGUUUCUUCAUAGCUGUACAGUGGAAACCCCCGAACCUACAUCAUUGAUCAUUCAAGGCUUCAUCACCCUUCUCCGUAUAAGCCCAUUCACAAAUUCGAUCUCAAGUUUAGCUAUUGACAAAGCUGUAUUUUUGGGAGAUCGAUCUCAAGUUCAGCUAUUGACAAAGCUGUAUUUUUGGGAGAUAUAGGUGCCUGCACAUCGUUGAUCUAUUUUCUUUGUUGCUUUUCAAACACUAGAAAUGGUACCCGUGUGAGGCGGGGGUUUGUUAUAUUAUUAACCAGUUUGUAGACUAUGGAUCAAUUUGCACAAAUAAAAAGGCGAUUUGCAUUUUGUUA